UGCGAUUUCGACAUAAAGCAAUCAAUAGGCGUUGAGCCAGCAUGGUCAACAUAGUCGGAGUGGUCUUCCUCUGCGGGCUUGUCCUCGUUAGUGCGGAUACAUUCACUGAAGGAGCUGUCCGGCCGGAGUUUCAGCGGGUUGAGCAACUCAGAUCGCUAGGACUAGCGUUUGCUGGACACUUUCAGGAUGUCGAACUGAACGAGACAAGUUUGUUUGACACGCGAGUGCCAACUCAGGAGGAUCUUCUGUGCCUCAGUGACUUGACUGCGGUAAUGAUGGGACUGGAAAGUGUGCUCGAUUCCUGGGGUUCUAUUCCAUCGGGCCUGUUUACCGGUAACGUGUACGACCUGGGAAACUUCGACGAGUGUCUUAACAUCAUAAAGGAGGUCAGCCAGGGCAGAACUAUCCAGGGAAAGUACUGUUUUCUCUCAGUGUCUCCUUCCAAAAUUCUGGGUGUCGACAGUGGGAUCGGAAACUUUAAAACUGCCACAUGCUUUCCGGCUUCCUGCUCGGCAGCUCACAUAAACACGUUUGUGGGUCAACUGAUGAAGCAGUUCUUCAACGUCAAUAUACCCAGCUCAGCCAUGAUCAUCAGCGAUACCAGUUGCCAGACAAGUGAAAGGGAACCCUGGGAUGGACUCACCAUUUUUAUGAUAAGUUUCUUAUCGCUGAUGGUUGCCCUAGUAGCUUUGUUUACUCUGUGGGACUACUGUCUGGUGAAAAAUCAAGAACGUCUACCAGCGUUAGUCAAGGUCUUUUCAGCCCGCGCCAACUCUCGUGUUCUUUUCCGAGUUGUUGAUGCCAGAGCCAAUCCGAAUGUAAUCGAGUGUCUAAAUGGAAUAAGGUGUCUGUCUCUUAUAUGGGUGGUUUUCUGCCACCAAUACGUAUUGUCUUUACUUGCUGCGAAUAUUAAUAUUUUCAAUGCUGUUUCGUGGGUGCAGACACCAUAUGCCAGUUUAAUUGUUCAUGGGCUUUUCUCAGUGGAUUCGUUUUUCGUGCUGGGCGGAAUGUUGGUGGCGCUGAUUCCGUUGAGACUAAUGGAUAGAACCCAAGGCAAACUAAAUGUACCUAUGAUGUAUCUGCAUCGCUUAAUCCGUAUCGUUCCGCUUCUGGCAAUUGCCAUUGUCGUGUAUAUGAAAUUUAUGCCUAUGGUAACAGACGGACCCCUUUUUGAAGACGGCUAUUCUCAAAAGAGUGAGUGUGAGAGAAGUUGGUAUUUGACUUUGCUUUUCGUGAACAACUACACAGAAGACAACUGUCUUGGUCAUUCGUGGUAUCUGGCAGUGGACAUGCAGUUGUUCCUUAUAUCCCCAAUUUUACUCAUUGCUCUCUAUAAAUGGGGUAAGAAAGCAGCAGCUGGUAUAGUCGUCAUUAUUGUUUUACUUUCGGGAUGUCUCUUUGCCACCAUGUUGGUCAAAGAAUACUCAUUGAUGUACAAAAAGUACACUCCCGAGGGGAUGAAGGAAAUUUACAACAGUACCCAUACACACGCCACGCCUUGGCUGGUAGGUUUUCUCUUCGGCUACUACCAGCACAUAAAUAAGGGAAAAAAGGUCCGGCUGAGCCGGUCUGCCGUUUGUUGGGGCUGGAUCCUUUGCCUGGCCAUGAUCUUUACCUCAAUCUUUGCCCUCUACCCGGCGUCCCAGUGGAGUGCUCCUGCCUUGUCCACCGUGGCGGAGUCUUCGUACUACACACUGACGAGAGUGGGAUGGUCAAUGGCCCUCUGCUGGGUGAUCUUCGCCUGCAUGCAUGGAUACGGAGGACUGGCCAACAGUUUCCUAUCCUCCCCGCUGUGGCAACCCCUCUCCAGGCUCUCCUAUUCCGUCUACAUUUGGCACAUGUUCUGCCAGGAGCUGAACGUGAGAAGUACUAGGACCAAUUCGUAUUUCUCGGACUACACAAUUAUGCUCAACUUCUGGUCGACCUUUGGAUUCACCGUGCUGUUUGCCUAUGUAAUGUACUUGCUAGUGGAGGCACCUUUUGGUGGGCUUGAUCUUUUACUGGGACCCAAAGGGAAAAGCCCUCCUCCCGUUAAACAGAAAUCACAGAUAGAUGAUAACGGGUCUAGUAAUGUGAAGGAGCACAGAGUAACAAUUCCAACUCCUGCUGCAGAAUAGGCACAGUAGUUUUAGUAUUUUAUAUUUUAAAGUAAG